AUGUCGUAUGUCCGGCGUCAGCGUCAAGAUGCCCUGGCACACGCCCUUGCACAGCAGCCAGGCCCAUCCUGUCACGAAACAGCCCCGGUCCCACCAAUUGAUUCUGCUGCUUCUGUUGCCUCUGUUUCUUCUGUUUCUGCUUCGUCUUCCCCCCUGAAGAUUGGUGGUGGGAGUCUUCGUCAGCAGCAGAGCAGCCAGUACCGGCAAAAGUAUACGCAGCAGGAUCCAUAUCAGGUGAAGAAAGAAGGCGGUGCCCCUGCUCGCUACUCAGCCGCUCCCGUGCUGUCUCGUCCAGUCUCUAUCCAUGCGCUGCACCCGUCCUAUUCUCACCAUCAACAGCAGCAAAACCAACAGCAACAGCCCCGUCUGCCCCAGGAUGCCCUGAACAUCCAUACCGAUAGCAGACUAGCCCACUCUCAACGUACUCUUCCUCAGACGGGGGCCGCAUCACACCCUUCAUCACCUCCUUCUGCAGCGACUCCCCUUUCUUCUUCUACUACCUCUCUAGCCGCCAGACUGGAUAGUUCCGUCUCCUAUUCCUCUUUCCCCCGCCAGACCCAGGCACCGACCUUCUCGCAACCUCACGACAGAACUAGCCCGUCUUCCUCCCUAUCUCCUUCCCCUUCCGCUCUCUACUUCCACGAGCGCAUGGCGGGCCAGCACCAGGGCCAGGGGCCCAGCCAGGCGCUUUCUCUACGUCUACAGCGGUCCAGGGAGCCGCUGACCAGCGAACCGGAGGGAGAAAGGGAAAAGGAGCGGAAGGGAACUACAGCAGAAAAGGACGAUACAUUACACUCCCACUCGCCGUCAGAUUCUGCCUCGAUGUCUACACCCAAUACAUCGCCUAUCAUGCCUACCAGCACCGCAAACCACCAGCCGCCGGCUUCCACCAGCAAGACAUUGUCAACUUCGACACAGAAACCCACACCGCGCACUUCUUCUAUAGAUUCUGCCAUCUCCUCUCUCUCCUCCAUCUCCCACCCAACAUCUCACUCGCACAAAUCAUCCGUCGACAACCCCACCAUCACUCCCGCAGAAAUCAGUAACCUGAUUUCAGCCGCCAACGGCUCUCCGGAGGCUGUUAUCGCCCACCUUGUCAAAGAGAAACAGCAGGCUGUCUCUCAGAAUUCGCAACUAUGGAGACUCGUGGAAAAGCAGCGCCGUAUGGUCCUGGCGCUUAAUAAGGAUCUAGAACGUGCCAUGGAAGACAAGGACAAGCUAAAGAAGAAGGUCAAGGAACUGGAAAAGUGGAAGGAAGAUGCCACCCGGGCGGUUGAUGGCAACGGAGCCAAAAUUUCCAACGGUCAGCUCGAAAGAGGCGACAAAGAGGGAAGUUUAGCAACGGCCCAACCGCCGGUUCAAACACCCGUGUCUGAAUUGACUCCCAAACCACAACCAACUCCACCCUCACGCCGCGCACCUCCUGCGCCCUUACAACUGUCUGGAAGUCAGCGUCUCCGCCCUCAUAUCGAAGUAGACCAUUCUAAUAAUCAGUCCACUAACACCAACACCAAUGCAGUCGCAUCAGAUUCCGAAUACGACUCCGCCACCGAAGAUGCCGACCUCCCGGUCUUUGAACGCGGUCGUCGAAAGACCCGUGAAGAAGACGACAGGCUGAGAGAAGCCUUACUUGCGCAAAAGGAGAAAGAACAAUCUAAGUCGAAAUCAAAGUCGAAAUCAAAGUCAAAGGGCCGUAGUCAAUCGGACAAGAAACCCAAGAACAUCAACCCCCCUAUAACCCUACACAAGGAACAGGAACAAAAGGAGACCAGGACUGGCCCUGCAUCAGGCGUUGGAUUUGCAGGUAUCGGAUUGCCAGCUAGUCCACGAGCGUCCGUGUCGCCUCCUCAUGCCGCCAGACAAGCAGGACAGAGCCUAGCAUCUGUGUUGGGCCCUCUAGAUGGCGGAAAGUCGCUGAGAUCAAGGCUAAUCAAGGCACCGCCCAUGAGUCCAGGACUGCCACAGAGUCCACGACCUGGUGACCGACCUAUUGGGUCACCUAUGCCUCGUAUGCCUAGAGAAGGGCAUAUGAACAUCUCAACGCCUCUUCGCAAUGCCUUCCCAGCUCCCUUCCAGUCUCAAUCGCAGCAACCUACCAAUCACCACAUCCAUCAACUAGCACAGCACGAGAAAAAGGCGUCCACGGCCUCUACUUCCACUUCCACAUCGACAUCUACCACAAUUCCCGCUAUCGACCCUGCUGUGCAGAUUGAUAGCUCGACCCCCACCGCUGCUACUGCCCCAAAGACCAUCUACCGUGGCCUCAUAUCGGAUGAAUACCCAGAUCUACUUCUCCCACCCAACUCACUCCCAUCGAUCCUAAUACAGGUCUCUUCAUCUCGUCUCCGCCCGUCGCGACAAAGUUACAUGAACACGAAUUCAUCCUCCUCCGGAGAACGCGGUAACCUUGAGGAAGACCCCGUAUUCACUCUCAGUGUUUUUGCCCGCUCGUCUCGCUUAGAGCUUUGGCGUGUUGAAAAGCCUAUAGUUGCUCUCCCUCAGCUCGACCAACAGGUAAAGGCUCUCUGUAAAUUCGCUGGUCGAAUACCAGAUCGCUCAGUAUUCAGUGGCCAUUCGCCUGCAAAGGUUGAUGAGAGACGCGCAGCACUAAACAACUAUUUCGAAAUGCUACUUGAUACACCCAUGGAUGACGAGGCCGCGCUGGUGAUAUGCCGAUUCCUCACGACCGAUGCCAUUGAGCCGAGAGAUGACGAGACAAGUCUUGUGUCUGCAGGUGGAAAUGUCAACUCCUCUUCUGCUGGUGCAAGCGAUAUAAAGGCCACGAUCCAGGUAGGCACCGACGGCAAGCCAAAGAUGGAAGGAUAUCUUACCAAGCGAGGCAAAAAUUUUGGCGGCUGGAAAUCUCGAUACUUUGUUCUUCACGGACCUGAAUUGAAGUAUUAUGAGCACCCUGGUGGUACACACCUAGGUACUAUCCGCAUCCAGCGUGCACAGAUAGGCAAGCAAUCCUCUAAUCAGAGCAAAAAUGGUACAUCAUCCUCGCAGGCCGAGAGCUAUGAUGAUAACCAGUACCGCCAUGCGUUUUUGAUUUUGGAACCGAAAAAGAAAGACUCAAGCUCUCUGGUUCGCCAUGUUCUCUGUGCUGAAAGCGACGAAGAGAGAGAUGCUUGGGUUGACUCACUUCUCAGCCAUGUUGAGCAGCACAUUGAGGGGGAAGACGAUGAUAAAGAUAAGGAAAAGCAGAUGGACAAAGACGGCAAAGAUGAAACAACAAACAAACCCCGCAUACCCCUGAAUACCACAAGCGCAAACACGAGCUCAAGUAAAAAAGGAUCUUCUAAAGACUCCUCCAACAAUACUGAGGCUGAUGGACUUCGCGCCCUAAGCUAUGAUGAUGUCGUUGCUGCCGAAGCACCCAUCCGAGGCGGCGCGCCUCCGGGCUACGAAUCCACCGACUCCCUAGCUGCACCACAAUCCCAUGGCGACCAAGCCGGGCCGUUAACCCCUUCAUUUAAACCGAUUUCGGGCCCUACUAACGGAGUAAAAAUCCAGGAUCCGUCGGCAUGGGGUAAUAAGCCUAGCACUAUGCCGUCCGUCAAGGAAAAGAAGCGAAGCAUAUGGGGAUUUUCCCGCCAGGCCGCCAGUGAUUCCGUUAGCUCGACUUCACGACAGGAUUCAAUUAGCGGAAUAAAUGGUUCUAUAUCUGGAGGUGUGAAUGGCAGUGCAUCUUCUCUUGAACACAAGGAAACUGUGCGUGCUGUAUUUGGGCUGCCUCUUGCUGAGGCGGUGGAAUUCUGUGCAUGCCCUGAACCAGGAGCCGAUACCACUUUGCCUGCUGUCGUUUAUCGAUGUCUUCAAUAUCUUCGGGCUCGUAAAGCGGAGUGUGAAGAAGGUAUAUUCCGUCUCAGCGGCUCUAAUGUAGUUAUCAAGGGGCUCAAGGAGCGUUUUAAUAACGAGGGAGAUCUGGAUUUCCUAGAAGGAGAUGUAUAUUAUGACGUCCAUGCUGUAGCGUCAUUAUUUAAGCAAUACCUUCGAGAGUUGCCAACUACAGUGUUGACCAAGGAGCUGCAUCUUGAUUUCAUUAGGGUCUUAGAUCUCGAUGACAAGCAGAAGAAGAUUGCAGCCUUCCAUGCAUUGGUCCACCAUCUACCAAAGCCAAAUAUAGCCCUCCUUAAAGCCCUAUCCGAAUUCCUAAUUAAUGUUGUGAACAAUUCCGAUAUCAAUAAGAUGACGGUUAGAAACGUCGGCAUAGUUUUUGCUCCAACCCUUAACAUCCCUGCCCCUGUUUUCUCUCUAUUCUUAUCGGACUUUGAUCUUAUAUUUGGCGAUACUCCACCACCCUUCGCCCAAGCUCCCGGCUCAUCUCCCGGUUCUCCCCCGGGAACAGCUCCAGGCUCGGGCUCAGGGCCAGGAAGCCCUGACUCUACUGAAGCCACCGAACCUUCGGGUCUGGGUGCGGAGGACAUACGCUCCCCACGACAUCAAAUGUUUUCCGAUCUUCCAUGUACACCUGCAUAUGACCAGAGCUCAUUUCAUGGCCAAUCCAAUGACGCUAAUGCAAAUGUUUAUCGACAUGCAAAAGAAACCUACGAUAUCAACGCCGGUUUUGUGCCUAUGCACCAAUUUGACCCUUCCACGUCAUCAAUGAAUGCAAGUGUCAACCUUUCCCACCAGGGCCAACGAGAUGGCCAGUUCGGUGGUUUGGAUGGAAUGCUGGCGCCAUCAGGCAACUCAUCGCAAACGAACAAAACAAAGCGCCGUGAGAGUUCGUUGUUGUUCAUGUCUCUUGGAAGCAGGAAGCCUUCCUUGCCCAAGAUUCGCGACGAAGAGUGA